ACUGAUAACACCCUCCUCCACCCACUAACUUCUCUAGAGCUAUUCAUCUUUAUCCGUCUGAUCCUCAUCAUAAUCAUCAUCAAAAACAUCCAAGGGAUUGGGAAUGGGAGACGGCACAGCGACUUGUAUUGAUAUUCUCCUGGCAAUUAUUUUGCCUCCACUUGGUGUCUUCCUCAAGUUCGGCUGCAAGGUUGAAUUCUGGAUAUGUUUGCUGUUGACAAUCUUUGGUUACAUACCUGGAAUUAUCUAUGCCAUCUACGCCAUCACCAAGGACUGAUCCAUCCUCUCUCUUCCUCCUUCCCCUAUUUCUCUUGGUGAAAUAUGCAAAUAAUGAAGAUUGAAGGGGGCAUAAAGUAUAUUUGUGCUUUUUAGAUGGAGAGUGGUGAUUGAUUUGGUUUGGUGUUAGGCUGCAUGACCCUUUCUUCUUUCUAUUUUGCUUUGACCUAUUAUUAUUCUCAUUUUAUUUUAUUUUAUGUGUGAUUAUGUGAUUAAUUUAUCUAUCUUUUAAUUAGCUGUCGCCCCAUUUCGACUGUUAAGUUUUAUUAGUGUACUGUAAUUAUGAUGUCCUUUUUUUAACUUUCUGUUUAAAUAUUUGUCGUAAAGCAGGAUAUAUGGUGUGAUGUAUUCAUUGCUUUUUUUGGUUCAGAUUUCA